AUGAUCAGUAUAGUUCAAAUAAGAGCCGAAAAUGCGAGCGGCAGAUUCGAGCUCGGGCAUCCGCCCUUUAUUUACUAUCAACAUGUAUCAGUCAUCGUUCCUUCUCUGUCAAUUGCUAUACUGUGCGUUGAGACUAUAUACCUACAGCAUUCAUUCGCUUUCAUUUCCAACACAGAAAUGUUAGCAAGUUAUGUUGUUAUUAAGUUCACGAUGCGACGACGCGAUGAUUAUUGCAAUUGCAACCCCCGCGCGAAAAAUGAGGUCGAGUUUGAUUUAUUGAAAGUAUGUAAAGUAUUUUAUAUAGUUUGGUUAUGUAACUUAAAAAUAAUAUUGGCUAAAGUGAUAAUUAACAUUAUUCAAUUUCAACCUAGAACUAGUUUAAAGGACAACUUCCCCAAGAAGCGUAUUCGAUGA